CGAGACACAGGAAAGACCUGUCUUCGCCCCCACUUCCUCUAGUGACAACAGUAGCACCCGAGGAUUACGUAGAUAGCGUGGAAUCCCUCACAGAGCAGAACCCCUGUCUAGUACAGUACUGUGGGAAAGGGAGAGAAUGCCACGUAGUGAAUGGAGUCGCACAGUGCAUGUGCCAGAGACGCUGCAGGAAACACCAGAAGGCGGUCUGCGGCUCAGACGGCCGACUGUACGAUGUAUACUAUAACCAGUAUUGUAUGUUACAGACCCCUGUCUAGUACAGUACUGUGGGAAAGGGAGAGAAUGCCACGUAGUGAAUGGAGUCGCACAGUGCAUGUGCCAGAGACGCUGCAGGAAACACCAGAAGGCGGUCUGCGGCUCAGACGGCCGACUGUACGACAACCACUGUGAGCUGCACAGAACUGCGUGUCUAACUAACACGCAAAUUGUUGUAGAUCAUUCCUUCUCUUGUAUAUCGCAAGAUGGAAGCCCUGUCAAGAAACCAGAAAACGUCUCACUGGCAGAUGUGGAGGUUGUAUCUACAAGUACUGCCUCUCCUACCAGUGGUACCAACAACACUUUCCCAGAUAUCCCAGAGGGAAACCCUGAGGAGAACGAGGCUGACGCAGACCUCUAUUAUGACAAGGAAGAAUGCUCCUUACAAGAAUACGAGAUACUAAAAGACAAUUUACUUCUAUACAAUCACGCUAGACUGAUGGGACAGGACCCGAGAGCGUCGGGGAAAGAGUACCUGGUGGCCACAAUGUACCGAAUGUACGACCUUAAUAACAACGGAAUCGUGGACGGAGAUGAGCUGGACCAGGUGGCGGACCAAGAGCACCUCAGUCAGUUAUCCCAAAUCUGCAAUCUGAGGGAUAUGAUCACAUAUGAUGACGCCGACAAGGACGGGCAGUUGGCCCGUAAUGAAUUUUACGCCGCCUUCAGCAAACUUUACAGUUUAUCAGUAGUGUCCCUGGAUAAGGCGCUGGAAGUGAACCACCUGAGUGCACGGGUGGGGGACAACGUGGAGAUAAAGUGCGAUGUGAGCGGGACGCCCCCGCCCCCCAUCGUCUGGAGGCGGAACACCGCUGACCUGUCUUCCUUGGGGGAGGACGAGGUGCGGGUGUUCACAGACGGCUCCCUCUACCUGACCAGGAUACAGCUCGUACACGCCGGUAACUACACUUGCCAUGCGCAGAGGAACCGUGACGUCACGCAGACACACGUCUUAACGGUGCACACGAUCCCAGAAGUAAAGGUUACUCCUAGAAUACAAUCGAGAAGACCCGGAGAAGAAGCUGCGAUGUUUUGCCACGUCAUUGGGGAACCAUUCCCUAAGGUGGAGUGGCUGAAAAACGAUGAGCCGCUUAAGUUGGACUUCCCGCACAAGUACAGCAUCAUCGGGAACGGUACAGAACUACGACUUCACAACAUCGGGUACGCGGAUACAGGGGCGUACAUGUGUCAAGCAACCAACGUAGGGGGCGUCACCAGGGACAUAUCUUCCCUCAUUGUACAAGAGGAGCCCACUCCAACUGCGCCCAAUGAGGAGAGGCGAUUCUUCUCCUUCCACGAUUGGGGCGUGUCAGUUUACGAGCCUACGGCGUGCAGACUCUACCACCAGAUACAGUCCACGGAUAUCAUACCUGGAACACAGGAAUAUGUAUGUGGAGACAAGGGAGUCAACUGCAGCUGGGGACAGGCCAUCAAUGUCGCUAACAGAUACGUGUAUGUAUCACAGCCACUUAAGGAUCGAGUUCUUGUCAUCAGCAAGAUCCAGAUGGUCGUCGUUGAUGUGGUCGUGACAGACAAGAACCCUGUGGCACUACACUACGUACCGCACCUAGACCAAGUGUGGGUACUCAACUGGCGCAGUGACCGCGAUCAAGGAGUCAAGACCAUCCAAGUUAUAAGAGAUGCCGCUCAGAAGCGGAAACACCACACGGUACAUCCGGAGCCCAUCGAUGGUCAGUUUGACCUCGUCCGUGACCUCUUCAUGCCUCCCAUACAGGCCAGAGAGAAUACUGAAAUCUGGAGAGAUUUCAUGGCGCUGCCUAGGAAAAGUCUAUGGUGA